AUGGUAACGCUCUUCAAAGGAGCGUUUUUUGGUUGGCACUUUUAUUUGUGGGCUUCCUCACCUUCUUUGCUUGUGAAUGUUGGUUCGUUUAUUUAUGUUGCUUAUGGUGAGUUGUCUCUGUUGGAUAACGUCUCCGUGCAUUUGUUUUAUUGUCCUGAUACAAAUAUAGCAUCAAAUUUGACAACUCGUAUUUCUGCGUCUGCAAACUCAAGAGUUUCAGCUUUGCAAAUAGAGAGACCUUCAAGAAGAUCAGAAUACGUCAUUAAAUCUUUAAACGCAUCCGAGCAUUCAAUUUGUCGUGUGGUAUUAGAUUUUGCUGGUCUUUGCAGUAGAUUCCAUCAAGUUCAAGAAUUGUUGAAGGAUUAUCCCAUAAUCAAACAAGUCGCUGUAGACUCACUCAUAUUUUCAAUAAACUGUUCAUUUAUGACACCUGUGAUUUGA